AGUGCUUCCGGGUCGCAGUCACUUUGAGCCCGUAUCUGGGUGACUUUUAGGCAGAGGCUUAGCAGUCCGUCCCUUCCCCUUUGCCGUGGUUUGGCGCAGAUUGUGCCUGCCCUACCGCCUGUACGUUCUUCUCCUAGCUUCUGCCCCUGAUCGCUUGGGCUCCUUGCGCUGUGGCCGCUGCAUUUGGGAGGUGGGUGAGGUGGCAUAGAGAGCCCCGGUUUGGCCCUUCCCCCACCCAUCCAUUCACCACUUUCUCGCGAGUGGCCUCCAAUUUGCCCCUUCCGCCAUUUUCCUGCCUACUAAGGUGGACUAACUGCCCGUUGGGUCUCGCGCUUUUGAGUGCUGGUUACCGCAGGAGGCGAGGGACUGUUUCUGGGGCGUGCAGGUGGGAGAAACUCGUGGUGACUCACUAGAGGCAGGAAAGAUGAAUGGGCGGGCUGAUUUUCGAGAGUCGAAUGCAGAAGUUCCAAGACCAGUUCCCCUCAUAGGGGCUGAUUACAUUCCGACAGAGGAAGAAAGAAGAAUGUUUGCAGAAUGCAAUGAUGAAAGCUUCUGGUUCAGAUCUGUGCCUUUGGCUGCCACAAGUAUGUUGAUUACUCAAGGACUAAUUAGUAAAGGAAUUCUUUCAAGUCAUCCCAGAUUUGGUUCCAUCCCUAAACUUAUAUUUGCUUGUAUCAUGGGAUACUUUGCUGGAAAACUUUCUUAUGUGAGAACUUGCCAAGAAAAGUUCAAGAAUCUUGAAAAUUCUCCUCUUGGAGAAGCUUUACGAUCAGGACAAACACGACGAUCUUCACCACCUGGGCACUAUUCUCAAAAGUCAAAAUAUGACUCAAAUGUGAGUGGUCAGUCCUCUUUUGUGACCUCCCCAGCAGCAGACAACAUAGAAAAGGAGAUGCUUCCUCAUUAUGAGCCAAUUCCAUUCAGUGCAUCUAUGAAUGAAUCCACUCCCACUGGUAUUUCUGAUCAUAUUGCCCAAGGACCUGAUCCCAACCUUGAAGAAAGUCCCAAAAGAAAAAAUAUUACAUAUGAGGAAUUAAGACAAAAGAACAGAGAGUCAUAUGAAGUAACUUUAACACAAAAGACUGGCCCCUCAGUCAGGCCUAUGCAGGAAAGAGAGCCAAAAAAAGAAGGACAGCUCCUGGAAGAUAAGAUUGAAUUAACCCCAACUUGAAGACUUGACCAUGUUACUGGUGGUUUUGUUUUGUUGAAAACAAAAUUCAAAGUAAACAAAUAUGGAGAUACUUGGGAUGAGUGAAAAAGUACAUCAUUGGACAUACUGAAGGACUUUCAACAUCCAGCUUCAGCUAGGUGAUCAUGAAAUACCUGCAUGCUUUGAGCUCAGCAGCAGUCUUCAUAAAUGCAUUUAAAACUAAAUUCUGGGUUUUUGUGGUUUGACUUACUAUGAUAUUUAAGGAAAAACACAGAUUUUAGCUUUACAAUCAUGUAAAUGUAGUCACCUUGUAAUGUAGAUCAUGUAAAUGUAGACUACAUUGUGUACUGUUGUGAUCAUGGUAUUAUUCUAUGAUUGCGUACAGUUUGUGAGAUUGUUUUAAAUUACAAGGCAAAGAUACUCUUCUAAAACUAUUAAGAGACUGUGAUGCUUUAGAAUUUGCUUAUAUGAAAAUAGGAUGUCUGCAUGUUGAAUUGGGGUGGGGGGAGCAAGCAUAAUUUUUGUGUUCCGCUUUGCAAUGUUAUUUAAAGCCUUUCUCUAGUGUUUGCUGUAUUGUGCUGUUUAUGGAAAAUAAUGUAAAGGAGCAUGCAACAGCACUCAUCUUCAUUGAUUUUAUGGUUUUAUUUGCAAUUUUAAUGUUUCGUUACAAGUAAAUGGUGUUUCUUAGAGAUAGAAGUUUAAGACAUCUAUGAAUAUAUAAUAAAGAUGAUGAAUAUGAUUCAUACAGACA